GUCAAUUUCCGGGUCGGAUUUUGGACCGGGUGAGACAACCCAAACCGAUCCUCUCUUUUCUCGAUUUUGAGCCCACAUUCGAAGAGUUUCCUCCCUUUCUAAACGAUCCUAUAGCGGAAGAUAUGGACGCACAAAAGCAGCCCGUUAAGCUCGCCCGAGUUAUCAAAGUUCUUGGCCGUACUGGCUCCCGUGGUGGUGUCACCCAGGUCCGCGUUGAAUUCAUGGAUGACAGCAACCGUAGCAUCAUCCGUAACGUCAAGGGUCCCGUUCGUGAGAACGAUAUUCUCUGCCUCUUGGAAUCCGAACGUGAGGCUCGCCGUCUCCGUUAAAAAUUCAUAAAAGCGCCAACUAUCAAAAAAGAUCAAAAAUUGAAAACCGUCUUCUUUUUUGAAUAAUGAAGCCUGCCUUGCAAUGAACCGACUUGUUUAUUUGGUCUUUUUUUAUUUUGAUGUGAAGUAGCUUGAAAAUAAAAUUCCAAUUCUUGGGCAUUGAA